AUGGAGAGUACAGGGCGCUGUGGAGGUGGGGGUGUACUUCGGUGUUUGCUCCUGCCGCUGCUGCCGCUUUUGCUGCUGGGAGGAUGGGGCUUUCCUCGUGUUGCAUGCAGCGCUGUAAGCAGCGUAGAAGUCUCUGGGGGAUUUGGCUUCCAGGAUGAGCUGCGAGCAGCGAGUUCUGCUGCAGCUUCAGGGGUUGGCUGGAGUGGUGAUGAACAUGGGGGUGCGCGUGCAGCCCCAUCUCGGCGCCCCAAGCCAGCAGGGAUGGCAGCUACACGAAGAGGAGGUAGAGGGGGAGUAGGAGCUACCAGACGACCUAAGACUAGAGCCGGCGUUACUUUGAGGCCCACUAGGAAGACCAUGAAUAGAGGGAGAGGAAUGUUUGGAGAAGCAACAGAUGCUGCAUCACUGCAGAGAACUACGAGAAAAAUGCUGGAGUCUUAUAGAAGGAGUACAAGGGCCGUUCAGGCUCAGCAGCGCUCUGGGAAGCACUCUGCAUUGUUGCUGCUUGUUGCUGUUGCUGUUGUGCUAGCGGUUUCUGUUGUUUUAGCUGAGCGCAAGGCAGCAGCAGCAGAGUAUGCUCGCGAAGUAGACGAAAACAAUAUGAUGUCGGAUACAGAGAAAGCAUCAAUGAACCAGGAUCUUUCUUCUGCUGCUGCCCAAGCAGCAAUGGCAAGACGUGAAAUAGAGCUGCUGCAGGAGCGGGAGACGGCGGCGAGGGAAGCACUGAAGGUAAUCAAAGAGCGAAGGGAAACAGCUUCAUCGAGAGCAACGCAAGCGCUGCUAGCUGCGCAUGCAGAUACUGAUGAAUCCGUGAGAAGAGCUAAGGAAAGGAUCGAGCAGGCUACUGCAGCAAGAAAUGCAGCAAAGCAAGACCUAGAAGCGGUGCUGGCGCUCGACGGCGUCACUCCAGAGACAGCUGGGGACUUCUUAACAAGGGUGUCUACGGAGCUACAGCGAUGGCAGCAAGAAGACGACCAAGUAUCUACAUCUAUUGCUGAUGUCACAGCAGCAAUGCAGUGCGGGCCGGAGGAGGAGCUGCGGAAGCGUGCAGUAGAACUGGAAACCUUGGAGCAGGAGUUGUGUGCAUUGAGAGAAGAAGUGAAGGGGCUGGAGGAAGAGGCAUCAGAAGAACGAGCAAAAGGUGUAGAAGGGUCUGAGCUAGAUAAAGAGAUCUCUGCGCUGCUGGAGGAGCGAUCCAAGUCAUUAGAACAGUUGCUACAAAGCAGAAAAACGACAGAUAGCUUGAAAACAGAGGAGGAGGAGCUACGGAGACAGAUUAAAAAGGUAGAAGAAGCAACAGAGAUGGAUGAAGCCAAGCUUGUAGUGCUCGGGAAACAGCCUAAGACAUGGACAGCUGUUGAUACGUCGCGGAUGUUUAGAGAAGAGGUUGAUCUGCUGGAGGCGCAACAGACCCUGCAGCUGCUAGAAGCGCAGCAGCAGCUUCUCACAGAAGAGUUCAAGGAUAUAGAUAUUUCUAAAGAAGAGGCUCAGGUGAAGAAGGCUGAAGAGGAGCUCAACAACUGCACUAGCACAGACCCCACUGUACGUAAGGCCCUCAAAGACGCCUUAGAUAAGGCGCGAACGAAGUUGCAGGAAGAAAACAUGAAGGCUUCCAAGAUAUUUACUCUGAAGGCUACUAUAGACAGCGAGGUCCGGGCUGCACAGAAGCAAGUAGAGCGCUGCAAGCAAGCUAUUGCAGCAUUAAAAGAAACACUGCCAGAUCGGCUGCGCUUCCCUGCUGCAUUUGGGUUGGCGACAUUAAUGGAUAUCACUAAGGAGAUGGACCGUCUGCAUGUAUUACUGUUUGAAAUCCAAGAAGAAGGCUACGACUUCUCUACUCGCGCCUUUAAGAAUAAGCCAAAGGGUGCAAGUUCCCGGCAGUUCUGGAAGACCCAUGUAGAUCCCGCAGGGAAGAAAUACCGUGCUGGAGUAGAGAAGCUGAUGAAAGAAAAUUCAUCGAUGCAUGUAGCUGAAACACAGGCAACAUAUCAGCUUACGAGGCAGCGGCUUACGCAUAAUAUGAUGGCGUUGCCAGUCGCUGAGCUGAUAGAAGCUCUUCAGAGCGGUAUAACUGGAGGGGUGGGGGCGCAGCUAGCAGAAGAUCUUUGGCAAAAUUUUGUAUCUCUUGUGGCGGAGACAGAAACUAAAUUGGGCCUCACAAAAGAAUUGCUGGACGAGCUAGAGACAGAGGCAGAAGUCUUAAGGCUAGAAGGCUGGGAUGAAAAGAGACCUGGUGCACACAUUUUUAGUGCCACAGGAAUAACUGUUGUUCGUUCAAGGCUUACUGUAUACGAAAAAGUUUUAUCGGAGCUGCGGCAACACACGAAAGAAGAUAUGGAUGAAGUUGCAGACGAAAUGCUGCAGCGUGCUGCGUGGGGGGCCCUGACGCGGAGAGCAAGGUAUGGUAAUGAUAUCUUUGUUCAGGGGAUGCUAUAUCAAGCUGCAGGAGAUGCUCUAGAUAAAGAAGAAGAAACACUCCAAAAAAUCCGAGAGAAAAACCUUGCUACAGAAAGACAAUAUGCGCCUACACUCAGCAGCCCCCAGCGACGCCCCCAGCAGACUCCAGCAGCAACUCCAGAGAAACGAGAACCGGCGCACGAAGAUACUGCUGCUGCCGGUGCUGCAGCAGCAACAGAAGCAGCAGAGAGCCAGCAGCAAGAAGAUGUAAUUACUCCACCUGAUGAAGUACAGGGACAGGAAACAGAAGAAGAGGAGACACUGCCUCCAACGCCAGCUCCGCUGCCGGCACAGGAGACACAAACAACAACAGCAAAACCUCCAGCAACACAAACAACAACAGCAAAACCACCAACAACAGAAACAGCAGCAGCAAAACCACCAGCAACACAAGCAACAGCAGCAGCACAAGAAGAAAAAGAAGAUAAGAAAAAGGAAGAAGAAGAAGAAGAAGAAGAGGAAGAAGAAGAAGAAGAAGAAGAAGAAGAAGAAGAAGAAGAAGAAGAAGAAGAAGAAGAAGAAGAAGAGGAAGAUGAAGAUGAAGAUGAAGAUAGUGAUGAAGAGAGUGAUGAUGGCUUGCUCUGGCUAGCGGGAGAAGUUGUAGAUGAAUUUCCUGAGGCCUUUGAUGUUAGGGAUCUGGGAGACCUCGUAGGCUUUACCUACAAGGAUGUGCUGACCCUGCGGCCGCGGGGUGUAAAACGAAGCGGCAGUGCAGAGGGCGAUGCAUCAUUACCGCGAGACCAGCAAACACCACCGUAA